AUGAAAAGGCCAUCAUCCCUGGAAGACGCACUCUCAACCACACUACAAAAACGCAAACUACAGUCGACAUAUCGACAAUUAACCACAUUCCCACCAGGAUCUGCGGACUUCUCAAGCAACGACUUCCUCUCGCUUGCCUCGUCGAAGGAUCUCCGCGCAGCAUUUCUCAAAGAACUGGAAACCGACCCCGCGCUGCUCCAUCUCGGCAGUGGAGGAUCACGACUUCUCGAUGGCAACUCAACAUAUGCCGAAAGAUUGGAGAAGGACAUUGCAGCUUUCCACCAUGCUGAGACCGGACUUCUGUGUAACUCUGGAUUUGAUGCCAAUGCUGGCUUGUUCUCUUGUCUGCCACAAUCUGGAGAUGUCAUCAUCUACGACGAAUUGAUUCAUGCAAGUGUGCAUGAUGGGAUGAGAUUGAGUCGUGCUAGAAAACGAGAAUAUUUCGCACACAAUGAUGUUGGAGCUUUGCGAGAUGUGCUGGAACGAUACCUGACUGAAGACAGUGGGCUUCAAGCUGGCAAGCACAACGUCUUCAUUGCAGUUGAGUCCGUAUACAGCAUGGACGGCGAUGUGGCACCACUGAAAGACAUUGUCGCCCUCAAGAAACACCUCUUCCCCAACGGCAAUGCUCAUCUCAUCGUUGACGAAGCACAUUCAAAUGGAAUCUUCGGGAUAAAAGGCAAAGGUCUUGUCUGCCAACUUGGACUGGAACAGGAGAUCACUGUUCGCCUCCAUACAUUCGGCAAAGCCCUGGCAUGCAAUGGAGCGAUUCUGCUCUGCAGUCCAACGAUUCGACAGUUCCUCAUCAACUAUGCCAGACCACUGAUCUACUCCACCUUCAUGUCAUAUCCAGCGCUAGCAGCAAUUCGGGCUUCGUAUGACUUCUUGAUGGCCGGGAAGAGCGAGCGCUUAGCACAGAACCUGCAAAGACUGAUCAAAGUGCUUCACGAACGACUUCUGCACAUGCAAUCGACAUUUCGCCUACCCCCAGAUCGAGCACAUCUGCUACAAAGUCCGGUGGAAGUACCAGAGACACCGAUCUUCGCCGUGCUGUCAUCUGAACCGAAAGCGCUUGCAGCUCACUGCCAAAGACACGGGUUCGUGGUACGAGGAAUUGUUGCGCCAACAGUUCCAGAAGGUACCGAGAGGGUUCGAGUGUGCUUGCACGCAGGAAACACAGUCGAGGAGAUCGACGGUUUGGUUGAGUGCAUACGCGCAUGGGUCGCGCGAAAGAUGAGCGAAGACAAGCGCGGUGACGUUCGAGCGAGGCUGUAG